AACACUUACGAUUAAUCCAAAUAUCUUAUCAAUCGCUAUUUUGGUCAGAAAGUAACAAGUUCACGUACAAAUAUGUGCAAAAAAACGUAAAUAAACGACCAUGAUUUAAAAAAAUAAACAAUAUGACGCUAAAAGACCGCGAGAUAUACACUGCCACCAAAGGCGUGGAAAACGAAGGCUACGAGUUCGAAAUCGCAAUGUUAUUAUUCUACUGUCUAGACUUAAGCUACAACACGCAAAUCCGCGAUUUCAAAAUCGCAAUUUACGACAACGAAUUCCACCCUUUCGACGACAUAGUCAUCGACGUUUCCACCGAAACCACCGUAAAAUACGCCAUCCAAUUAAAACACGUCAAGGAUAAACUGAUCCUCAGUUCCCACCAUUUUGGAAGAAACGGCAAAAUGGUCCUAAACAAAUACUUCAAGUUUGAUUUCACCAAAAGUGACCACGUGGUCCUCUUCACAAACGGCGUCUUAAACGAGGAAAUGUCAAUCAGUGGGUGCGACAUCAAAGCCAAAAAAACCCUAACUUUCCUGGAACAGUGUCUAGACACCUCUCCCUCAACCUCCCAACACAUCUACGAAGUCAGCAACGAAGAAACCAAAAACAAAAUCACCUUCUUCACCUCCCAGAAGAACAGAAACGAGAUUGACGCCGCCAUUCGCACGAAACUCGAAGAAAAAUUCAAACUACACGAGAAAAACCUAGACAGCGUUGUCCAAAAGUUGAAGUUUUUCCUCCAACAGUGGAAGAAAGGCCACUACAAGCUGUACAAGUUGGACAAACAGGACAUUAAAAUGAAACUCGCCGAGAUCCUCCUCCAGGACUCCCUGGUCCAGCUGUGCCCGAAUUUUGGGCCCCACAUCGACCCCAAAAUUUUGCUCCUCCAGGACGUCAUCAAAAGUCGCACCAUCACGACCUUUGAAAAACCACCGAGUGGCUUUGAUACGUUGUUCUGCUUCGAUUUGGACAAAAACAAGCUGAUUGAAGACGGCCAGGAGCUGCUAGUUGGCGAUCUUGACGAAGAAACGAAGAUUGGUGUGAUUUUGUGGAGGUUGAAGAUUUUCCCACUGGUGGUGAAGACCAAUGAGGAGAACAAACAAGUGAUCCGGGAAGUGAUCACCGACUUGCGCGACGAAAACUUGAACUAUAUCCUCCUCGGGGGUGAUUCCCCCGAUUUUGACCAAACCUUCAAACUUUUGAGAAACUUAUCUGACUUGAAGAACAGCCAGUUUUAUGACGAAAUCGUCCGAACUUUCAAAUUAUCAAUUCAAGGACGUGCCGAAACCACGCUUGAAGAAUUAAUCGCUUGGAACCCAAACUUUAGCCAAAUUGUGACAACCCGCGAGCUUUUUCUCAUGGCUAGGGGCGACCUCCACGUGGGGGAACCCCAGGAAGUGUUACCCCAGCCGUACAUCCCCCGGCGACUCUUCUUCCCCGUUUUGAAGAUCAAGACAAUCGGGCAAUUCCCCAGCGAUUUGUUCGCAAUCAUCGGACGUGAAGAUGUUCUGAAGAAGGCGCUCCCCAAGAACACGUUCUUCCGUUUUGACGAUUGCGUCGGGCGCACCUUCAUCGGGGGGAAACUCCCCCCCAAGUCGGUGAUUUUGUGUCGGGACGAGAAGGACUUGAGGAAUUGUCUAGGUUACAAGAACAGUAACGUCCACUGUCUCAAAGCCCUGGACGGGGAAAACCUCCAAUUGUUGUUCAGUAAGGAGAAGGGGGAGGAGUUGCGCCAAUUCCAGAUCUUUCCAGAGAAUCAACUGACCCUCCUCCCCAAUAAAAUCAAGUUGGUUGUGGCGCGGCCCGGCCUUGGGAAACUAACAAUGUUGAAGUUUUUGAAAAAUAAUGCGCCGGUGGGGCACUGGGCCGUGAAGGUUGACCUCCAGGAGGAGGUGGGGGACCAUGGUGAAGGUUUCGAGUUCCAGGUGAAGAAUUGCUUCAAGGAGGUGAACCGCUGGGUUUACUUCUACUGCGGUAUUGAUAAUCUCCAGAAUGGCGGUUUUGCCAAAGCUUGCCAGGAGAUCAGGGAAAAAAGUGGGGAGUUCCAAGUUUGGGUUUUUUCCGAGGACCACUUGAAGGAACAACUCGAGAAAUGUUUCGAGGUCCCAGCCAUGGAAAUCGAGGAGUUUACGGAGGAGGAGCAACAGGAGUAUAUAACCAAGCGGUUGGAGGAGCGCCAAAAGGUGGCAAAAGUCUUGCAAAGUUUCAAAAUGUUGCGAAACAACGAUAUUUUGGGCGCGCCCAUGCACCUCUACAUGUUGACUGAGAUUUUCAUCAACGACCCCAAGAUGGAGCAAGUGCUGAUUUUGACCGAAAUCUACCGCUACUUCAUCAACACCAAAUACCAGCACUACCGCGCCAAAACGUGCGACACUUGCGAAAGCAACCACAACCAAAUCAUUGAAGAUGGCAUUUUUUACCGAAACGAGCAGUACAAACUAGCUGCCAUUUCGUGUCUAGACGUACCCUCCUUCAAAAAAUUGAAACUAACAUGUGAUAGUAAUUUUUUGACCCAAAUCAAAAGUCGCGGCGACGUGAUUGGUGUAAUUUUCAAGGUCAGUUCCGACCAUGGGAUCAUUUUCACCCAACAAACCUUCUCCGACUACUUCGCCGCCAUUUGGUUGGCGGAACACCACCAAAAUGUCGGACCCGAAUUUUUGCAACGUGACGACCUCCGGAACAUCCUCUUCAUGUUCAACCUCGAAGUUUGCAAAAAUCACCCGGCACAUAUUUCCGUCCUCUACCAAAAUCUCCAAGAGUUGGAGAAACACCAACUUGGGGACUUGGACCCUUUGAAGCGCUCCGUCCUGCACUUGUCGUUCUGUCACGGGCCGAAGUUUUCCAAAAUCCAGAGGGAAAUUUUCGAUCUGUUGGUCCAAAAGGCCGAAAUUGAUCCGUUCCAGAAGGACGAGCUUUUCAACUGGGAUUUGCUGGACUAUGCCUUCAACUUGGGGAAUUUCCACGCUCUGGAGCGCCUGCUUGGCAGGUUUGCCACCGUUGAAGGGGCGGUUUUGGGGAGACUUUGCAUGGUGGGCGAUUUGGAACCGCUGGUUUAUUACUGUGUUAAGUUUGGUUGCGAAAAUUUGCUCAAACUAGCGUCCAAAACCCCGAAUUUUGGGUCACACGUGUCCUGGGAGGAUUCAAACGGCGAAAGUUUGCUCUAUCUGGCGGCGAAAUCGGGAAGUUGUGCCAACACCAGCCUCCUUCUCGACCAAGGGGCCAGGAUUGACUGUGCCACCAGCAGUUACAACAAAAUGAGUGCGUUACAUGCCGCUGUUGAGAAUAAUUGUGAAAAAAUCGUGGAUUUGUUGCUAAAACGCCAGGCUUUUGUGGACGUCAUGGACCGUUAUAGGAACACCCCUUUGCACUUGGCGGCAAGUAAAGGGUUACAAAACUGUGCCAAAACCCUGCUCAACUUCGGAGCCGAUGUGAAUUUUUCGGACAACUUCGGCCGAACUCCCCUACAACUGGCGGCAAGUUCCGGCCACCACCACCUGGUGGAGCUGUUCCUUGGCCACGGGGCCUUGAUUGAUAAGAGCGAUAAGUUGGGUAAUACCCCCUUUAGUGCGGCUUUUGGCAAAAAACACCGCAAAAUUUGCGACUUGUUGGCGAACUUGGGGGCGAAGAACGAUCGUAAACCGUCCGUUGGCGAAGUGGACCAAUACUACAUCCUUUUCCCCCUCCACUGGGUGGUUUUCACGGGCCAGUUGGCCGAGAUCAAGUCGCUGCUGGACGAAGGCUACUCGAUUGAUGAGGUGGACCACUUUGGCCGCACUCCCCUACAUCGGGCCGUGAUCGGGAAGCACCAGAAGGCAGUCGAGGUGUUUCUGGACCGUGGAGCUGACGUUACCAUUUGUGACAAUUACAAGAUCAUGCCUUUGACACGCGCGAUUUUUAACGAGGACGCCGAAACCACCAAAUUGCUAGUUUUCCAACAUGCAAGUGUCGAUUUUAAGGACAGUUUUGGUUACACUCCCCUACAUUUGGCCGCAAUGUGCGGGAACGUCGAAAUUGUGAAACUGCUCCUCACCAAAAACCCCGAUUUUGAUGUUUGUGAUGAUUUCGGGCGGAAGCCGGUGGAUUGCGCCGUGGAGGGGGGGCAUUCUGGGGUGGUGGCGCUGCUUGGAGGGGAUGAGGGGAGGGUGGGGAGGGCGAGGCAAAUGGCGAGGUUUUUGGAGGUUCGGGAUACGCCUGACUUGGGGAGGGAGGAGUUGGAGAGUUUUGGGUUCAGUUUUAAGCAUUUGGUGGCGAUGUUGGGGAGGUUUGAGGAUUUGGAGAGGUUUGUGGAUGAGGAGGAUUUUGUGGAUGUGUGUGGGAAUACGGCGUUGGAUUGGGCGUGCAAGAAGGGACAUGUGGAGUGUGUGAAGGUGUUGGUGGGGUGUCGGGCCGUUGCGAAGGCCAUCCAAGGGGAUUUCUUGGAUAUGGCGAGGAAGCAAAGGGAGUUUUACAAGGUUUUGGACUCUUAUUGACAAUAAAAUUUUGGUUUGUUGGUC